AUUCGAGAAGGGAAACACAAGAGACUGAGCUAAGAUUUAAUGGAGAGUCCAUAAUAAGUUUGCUCUCAUCUAUUUAUACGAUAACAAGGUCUUAUGUUUGUUCACUGAGCAUUAAUUUCGUGCUGGUUGGAUUACUAAUAAUCUGCCAGGGUUAUAUUUUAAAGGGGUUGGGGAGGGGGUUAACAUGUCGAUCCAGUACGAGGCACCGCUGGCGGACAGCUACGGGGUGGCGAACUCGUUUCCCAAAGAUUUCGGAUAUGGAGAAGAAGAAGAAGGAGACAUUGAGGACAGUCCUUCUCCCUCCGACAGCAAACCGAGAAUCCUGCUGAUGGGAUUGAGGAGGAGCGGAAAGUCCUCUAUCCAGAAGGUGGUGUUUCAUAAGAUGUCCCCCAAUGAGACCCUGUUUCUCGAGAGCACCAACAAGAUCUAUAAAGAUGACAUCUCCAGCAGCUCCUUUGUCAACUUCCAGAUCUGGGACUUCCCUGGACAAGUGGACUUUUUUGAUCCAACCUUUGACUACGAGAUGAUUUUCAGAGGAACUGGGGCCUUGAUAUUUGUCAUUGAUGCACAGGAUGACUAUGUGGAGGCCCUUGGUCGACUCCACCUAACAGUAUCCCGCGCCUACAGGGUCAACCCAGAGAUCAACUUUGAAGUGUUUAUCCAUAAAGUAGAUGGCCUGUCUGAUGACCAUAAGAUUGAGACCCAGCGGGAUAUACACCAGAGGGCUAACGAUGACCUGGCAGAUGCCAGUUUAGAGAAACUACAUCUCAGUUUCUAUUUGACUAGUAUAUAUGAUCACUCCAUCUUUGAGGCCUUCAGUAAAGUUGUCCAGAAGCUCAUCCCUCAGCUUCCAACGCUGGAGAACCUUCUCAACAUCUUUAUAUCUAAUUCAGGGAUUGAGAAGGCCUUCCUGUUUGAUGUCGUCAGUAAGAUUUACAUCGCCACCGACAGUUCACCGGUGGACAUGCAGUCCUAUGAGCUUUGCUGCGACAUGAUCGAUGUGGUCAUCGACGUCUCCUGUAUUUACGGAUUAAAGGAGGAUGGCAGUGGCAGUGCAUAUGAUAAGGAGUCUAUGGCCAUCAUCAAACUCAACAACACCACAGUGCUCUAUCUAAAAGAGGUCACCAAGUUCCUCGCCCUGGUCUGCAUCCUGAGAGAAGAGAGCUUUGAGCGCAAAGGAUUAAUAGACUAUAAUUUCCACUGUUUCCGGAAAGCCAUUCAUGAGGUGUUCGAGGUAGGCGUUUCUACCUCAAGGACAAGCAACCAGCCAGCUGGCACCCCUCUCCUGAAGACUGUUGCCUUAAACGGAACCCCCAGGAGCACUGUGUAGAAAGAUAGCGAUAAAGACAAUAAUGAAAAGUGUGGAGAUGAUGGAAAAGGUAACAAAAGAGAGAGACUUCAGGAUGAGCCACAUUCUGAGUAUGCCGACCAUCAUUACUGCUCCCAAACGCUUUAUAAGCAAGAGUUUGAAAGUCACUAAAAUAAACUUGCUGCAGUGGGCGAGGCAGAAAUGUAAUGUGGGUAAGCUUGCAAAGCUACAGAUGGAUGGAAGGGAAGAGGCACAAAAGAAGGUGGAACACUUUUUUUGUGACUAAAAGGCAUUAACAAACUGUUCCUCCAGAAAAGACCGCAAACAAGUAACAGUGCAAGUCACUUAGGAAAAAAACAAAAGCACAGCAAGAAACCUCUCACCCUGUCAGGCCGUAGCGCCUGACGACUUGGAUGAAUGCUGUAUGAUAUGCUGCUGGUUACUUAACACAGUAGCCAAGUUUAAAUGCAUACCCGGUCUACUCCUCAACAUGUGAAUGUGGCAGACUUCUGUGAAAAUUUGUGGUGCACAAAAUUUAAGUGUACACUUCUGAAGCCUUAUGUAGAGGAGGCCUGUCUGAUGCAAGUCCCUAGUGCACACAUGCACACUUGGUCACCUAAACAGCUCAUGUAUUGUGUAUGAAAGAUUAGUAAAGGGAUUGAAAUGUG